UUUUACACUAUGAAUCUUUAGUUAGUUCUUCCUCAUGUAGCCAGAAAUUUUGAUUUUUGCAUUAAUUUUUUACUUGAAUUGUGAUAACAAUAUAGAUUAGAAUAGGGACACAUACAUUACUUACUUAGUUGGUGUUUUAUAUUUAAAAAUAAUUGGUUUUAAUGAUAACAUUAUGGAAAAUAUUCGAUUAAUUUUUGUUUUACCGGAGAAAUAUUGUAAUGAACAAGAAGUCUCUGAGAUCAUGAAACAGGCUUAUGAGACUUGCAAACAAAACAUAAAGACUGAUGUAAGUUGGGUCAAAGAAAGUGAUUUUGAUUCCAUUACCAUAAACAAAACAGACUUUAUAAUCUUUGAAGACUUCAAGGGCCAAGUGUUUGAGAACUUGAAAGAAACAAAAUGCGUCAGGAUAUUAGGACCUUGGGCUACGAGCAUUUGCUUGGUGGAAGGCAAACCAAUCCCAAACUUCCCUUGGCCCAUUUAUAACGUGGCUAUGUACAAAUGCAUAGUUACUUGUUCAAACUUAUCGAAAAUUAAAAAGAUGGAAAUAAAAGAAAAGGUACAGCUUAUGGGCGGGUGCUACAUUGAUACAUUAGUCGAAAAAGUAACACAUCUUGUCACUGACAGUCCCAAGUCAGAGAAAUAUUUAGCAGCGGCAGAGAUAGGAGUUAAGUUAAUGUGUUCCUCAUGGAUAGAAGCCGUUUGGGAAGCCAGUCAAUCAUCAAACAUCCACGCUAACGAUGAGGAAUUUGAAGAACAUAAGUGCCUGCCUUUUCAGAACCUAAAUAUUUCGAGUACCGGCUUAACGGAUGUUAAACGGAAAGAAAUAGAGAAAUUAGUCAAUAAAUAUGGUGGAAAAUAUUCAGCAAGGUUAAAGCUGACUGAAGCUGACGUUUUGCUCUGUGCAGGAUUAGACGUGUCUGUGAGCGAGAAAUAUAAAGCAGCAAGGACGCGACCGAAUAUCAGGUGCGUCGAUGUGUCGUGGCUAACGGAGAGUAUAAAGAAAGGCUACGCCCUCUCACACACCGAUUUUCAAAUUAAGAAAGCGACGUCAACUCCUAAUAAAAGCGAUAACCUACUUAACCCCAAUUUCUCCGUGUUGAGUGCUAUUUCCAUGGUUAACGUUUGCGACAAAACCGUAGAUGCAACGAUUAAUGCAAAUUCAUCGAAAUGCUUCUCAAGCCCCGGUAUCAAAGUUGGGCCGAGUAAACGUAAAGGAGACUUGAGAGAAGAUUACGGUCAGAUUGUCGAUAAGUUGGAUAUAAAAAAAGCUAAGAAGGCUGGGCACUACUUGGAUGGCUACUCGAUUUAUAUAACUGGUUUCGGGCCAGAACACACAGAAAAAUUGUGUAAAAUAUUAAAUUUGAGCGGCGCAACACGGUACGAUCAAUUUUCAGACCGCGUCACUCACGUUAUUGUCGGCGAUCCAAAUUAUCAUGAAGUGAAGGUUAUAAAGGGCAAAGGUAGUCCGUGCUUGCUAGUUUCUGUUCAAUGGCUGUUGGAUAGUAUUGAGUCCGAGGAGCCGGUUAAUGAAGAGAAAUACCUUUUGAGUACGUCUGACGUCGACAAAAGCGAAUUCAGCUCUCCGCUAAGCAGAAAGGGUUUAAAUCUAUUGCGGACUAACAAGACUAUAAUAGAAGUGGAUGAAGAAAAACUAGAAAACAGUUUGCGAAACGUCGAUAAUGCUGAACAAAACAUCAUUCAGCAGUAUCUGAAGUCCACUGCAGUUGAAGAAGACGAUGAUACCCUGGUGAGGUUGUUGAAGAACGCCGACAACUUCCCUGAUUUUUCCAAUAAGGUACAAGAGCCGCCAAGUGCGAUGCCUCAGUUUAGACCCUCGGAAACUUCAACGCAGGAAACUACCACAAUGUCGCCCCAGGACGAACAGACGGAGUCUAAAAGCCAAAUAUUCUUCGAGGGACUGAAAUUUCUCGUCCUUGGUUUUGUGGAGGAUCAACUUGAGCACAUCAAGGAGCUGAUAGAAGCUUUUUGUGGUACUCUAGUACCGAAGGGCUACAAAGGCAUCCCAGAUUUCAUCGUAGUGCCGACCUUCAACAGCAGCGAAAUCCGACACACCGCCAGGGAAGUCGUCAACGAGCUAUUCAUAACCGAAUGCGCAUCUCAAGAACAUUUACUGUCCAAUAUUUGUUACUACCAUCGGCCGUUCGAUCUGCCGGACACGAGACCGCUCGAGAACUGCGUGAUCGCCAUCAGCGGCUACGGUAGUUACGAGCGGGACUUCCUCAAGCGUCUCAUACCGAUGUUGGGCGGGCACCAUCAGGAAUCGUUUUCGAGGGUCACUUCGGAAGUUAAGGGGGUCGUGGCGUCGACGCAUCUCAUAUGCGACAAGGAUAGCGGGAAAAAGUACCAGGGGGCGGUGAAGUGGAAGCUGCCGGCCGUGACCAAGGACUGGCUGUUGGAGUGCGCCAGGACGGGCAGUCGCGUUCCCGAGUCGGAUUAUCUGGUGGGAGGCGUCGUACCGUCGAAGAACACAUCAAUAAUGAGAAAAACUGAGGCAAAGACCCCCAACCCAAAACCGAGCGCAAGUAACACUCCGCUGUCGAGUCGUCGCCAAAACGACCAGGAAACAAUUCAGGCAACACCGUCUGUGGAUGCGGAAAACGCUCAACAGAGCAUGUCAAAUUUGUCCUGUUUAGCGAAAUUUAACACUCCUACCAACAUCUCCAUGCAGAGUAACGUUACUCCGGAAGUAUCUGCGACGACGGGUAAAGUUCGUCCGAGUUCCAGUAAAACUUCUAGAGUUUUGACGCCUCUGAACCAAAUACUUCGGAGACAGAUCGAUUUUAACGGCAGUCCAGAUUUGGGGAACGUCUUCUCUCAGGCCACCCCGGUGAACAAAAUAGUGAAGCAGUACCGCGAGAGCAACUCGGAGUUGACGCCGUCGAGGGAGAGCCCGCAACGGUUCCCGUGGAUGGGCAUAAAAACGCCCGAGACACCCCUGGAGGCUUGCAUGGUCGACAAUCCCUCUCCGCAGUUGAGGAAACACUGCGAACUUUGGCUGAAACAGUUCCCGGACUGCGAUAUGCCGCCGCAAAGACGGUUGAGCACUCCGCUUUCGGACAUCAAGAGGAAGCUGUGGAACAAGAUACUCACGAGAGGAGAAUAUCCUCCGGCGGAAUCGAAUUUGGAGCAGGACGAACACGGAAACGAUGCUGAGGAGAUGGACGUCGAGGAACCCAAGGAAUUACCAGCUGGAGAAGACAGCCCGCAGUACAAACUGAUCCAUAGCCGGCUCCAGCAGAUGGAAGAAAUGCUGAGCGCUAGCGGUGGCGGCAGGAGGCAGAGCAGAAAUUUUCAAUCCACGAUACCAAUCCCAGAGGGCAACAAGGAGUAUAAGGACUCUCAAGCAUGUACAGUUGGAUGGGAUUUUCAGGAGCAAGAGGUAGCGCCGAAACCGAUGAAAAUUUUCAUCCUGACGGGAGUAGGAGAGAGCGAUCGAUCGAAGAUGGUGGAGGAACUGGAGAGCCUCGGAGCGACGGUGUCCGAUUUAUCAAACUACGAUCCUACCGGCAGCCACCUUCUCUGCCCCAAACCGGCCAGGAACGAGAAGAUCCUUUCUUGCAUGGCCGCGGGAAAGUGGAUCCUUCACACUUCUUACUUAGAGAAGUCCCUGGAGGCUGGGCAUUUCUUAGACGAGGAAGAGUUCGAGUUCGGCAACCCAAAGUCCGCGGGUAAGUUGGUAGUCAAGUUCGAAAAGGACACCGAGCUGCGCAUGAAAUACAUGCACUGGUGGCGGAAAGAGGUGUCGAGGAGGGGUUACGGCGCCUUCAACGACAUGAGGGCUAUCGUCGUCGCCCAGAAGAAGGAUUCCAUCAUUCGUGUUAUCGAGGCGGGCGGCGGACUUGUUAUCGACGUCAGCCCUCCGUUUGAGGAGACCGUACACGCGACGCACUGCUUUCUCGAGCAAAGAAGCGUCCGCGACUACACCGAUUACAUCCCACUGGCUCAGCAAGGUAUCUAUUUGUUAAACACCGUGUAUAUAAGUGACUACUUGCAUCAGCCAAACAGAGACGUUAGGGAGUGUAUCCUCCCGUACUUCGCGAAGUAUUAUUCUAGGAGUUAGUCUAUUUUUAUGUACUGAUGCCAUAUUUAUUCUACAUUUAUGUUUAAUUUUA